CAAUGGGAGUCUCUGUGACCCUGCGUGCAGGCAGUCUGGCAGACGCAGCAAUGAUCAGCGAUUUUCUGAUCAACUGCAUCAGGACUGCUUUCACUCGUGACCUCAAGCUCGGACCUCAGGAGUACCUUGCCUCGACAGAAUUCGAAGUGGACUACUUGGGCCAUAGGAAAGCAAGCCUAGGUGACGAUCGUAAUCUAACCAAGAUCGCUUUCGAAGAGACUUCGGGUGAUACCGCAGGAUACAUCGAAUUCGGGCCUCCGAAGGCCUACCUAGACGGCCUCGGCUGUCGGUACGAGCUCUUGUGUUUCUUCACAUCUCCAUCAAUGCUUGGGAAAGGAGUAGGCUCGAACUUGCUGUGGACCAUUCUUCGAGAUGCGAUCGCGCUCCGCGACUUUCGUCUAGGCGUAGAUUCGAUCGGCAUCCAAACAAUAAAAGGAAAUCCUUCCGUCUCGACAUUCUACCGCAAAAUUGGAGCGUGUGUGAUCAAAGAAACUUCUUUCUCGUACGGAGCCUCGGUCAUAGAGACGGUGGUGCUCAAGUGGGACGCGGACAGUGUAAAGACGUUUUUUCAAAAGCAGAGCCCUGGGAAAGAAGACAGAGAUCCAAGUCCCCGCCUACCUUGAUUGCACGCUGGCGGCCCGAGGGCCAUCGAUUCUCUCCCUACGUGCUAGAUUCCUUUUUCACCUCUGUAGUGCAAGGCACUCUACCAUGACAAUACAUGUACGGCACGACACUGAAGAGAUCUGCCAUAGAAAGCAAGAAGAUGCAGCAGAAAGCAAGAAGAUGCAGCAGAGUCGCGGGGGGGGAGCUCGAACAAAGUAGAUUUGCCUUUCUGCGGUCUCGAUGGAUAUCUCUCA